CGCCGCCGGGGGGAACGCGGGGCACGGGCAGGGCCGGCCGGGACACAGCCGGGCCGCUCCUCCGGCAGCGGGACUCGUCCGCGACCGCUGGGCGUGUGCGGCCCCGCCGGGGCUCGUAGUGGGAGAGCGGAGCGUCCCCGGGGAGGCGGCAUGUGGGGUGCCGUGCUGCGGCGCGGGGUGCGCGGCGCCGGCGGGCUGCGGUGCCUGUCCUCGGGCGGCCCGCCCUGGAGCCAGGUGGUGUCGGAGGCCGAGAAGAUCGUGGGCUACCCGACGUCCUUCAUGAGCCUGCGGUGCCUGCUGAGUGACGAGCUCAGCAACAUCGCCAUGCAGGUCCGCAAGCUGGUGGGCACCAAGCACCCGCUGCUGGACACGGCCCGGGGUUUUGUGUACGAUAGCCGAAACAAUUUACAGAUGCGAGGUUUGGUCAUACUGCUUAUUUCCAAAGCUGCUGGACCCAGCACAGCAGAGCUCUCUUUCCAGCACGACAUGGUCAGUGGAAUUUAUUCCAGUCAGAGAAGUCUGGCUGAGAUUACGGAGCUGAUCCAUACUGCCUUUCUGGUGCAUCGUGGCAUAGUAAACAUUGGUGAGCUCAAGUCCUGCGAUGGCCCACUGAAGGAUAUGCAGUUUGGGAAUAAAAUGGCUGUUUUGAGUGGAGAUUUUCUUCUAGCAAAUGCUUGCACAAGCCUUGCACAGUUGCAGAAUACCAAGGUUGUAGAACUCAUUUCAAGUGCUAUUGGUGACUUAGUUCAAGGGAUAUAUUAUGAAAACUCAAAAUCAUCUGAGGAGAACUGCCUCACAGAUGACAUUGGCAUAUCUAGGUGGAAGGAGCAGGUUUUCCUGUCGCACAGUGCCUUGCUGGCCAAGAGCUGCCAGGCUGCAAUGGAGCUAGCAAAGCACAGCGCUGAGAUCCAGGACAUGGCAUUCCAGUAUGGGAAGCAUAUGUCUAUGAGUCAUAAGCUACAUUCGGACCUGCAGCCAUUUGUUAAAGAAACUUCUAGUGACACCAUGGCCUUCAGUUUGAAUUCUGCCCCUGCAAUCCUUCAUCAGGAAUUCCGUGGAAGGGAGGCAUGGCUUAAACAGAUUAGAGAGGCACAAGGAAAAGGAAACAUUGUGGACUAUAAGAAGCGCUGUAUUUGCUACUUCCCUCUAAUAAAGGCAGACCUGAACUAAGUAGCUUUACUGGAAGUAGCUGGGACACCUUGAAACUCUUAAAGGGCUGCAGGAGAUGGCUGACAAGGUUCCCCUGGUUAAAUACUGGAGCACAGCACGCUUGUGGUAGAGAGAGAUGACACUGUGUUCCCAGCUCACUGAGCAUGGCCUGACUUGUUCUGAGUCCUAAGCAGAUCAUGAAAUCCAAUCAGUUAUCUCCAGCAUCAGUAGGAAAUAAUACAUAAAUUACUGAGCUACAUGCAUGAUUGAGAAUUACUUCUUGAAGUGGGGCCUGAAGAGUGUUACAGCUCUGACUGAUUGCUGCUCAUAUGGAAGGCUACAUAAGUACGGGUCAGAUUAUUGUAAUUAUUCUGCAUUAUGAAAAAUUGCAAUUUGGAUUAUUAAAAAUCCUCUCUGCCCUUCCUUCCUCUUAAAAUGGCAGAAGGAUCUCAACUUACUUUGCCAUUUAAAAUAAUUGUGUUUUUAGGAUGUUCUCUACACCAGUCACAAUUGUAUCAGUUUUCUUUCUUCUAAAUCCCCAGUGAGAGCACCAAAUUUGUUCUUCAGAUGUCUCUCGGGGACACUCCUGUGAAUGUUUAAGCUAGGUUACUUUUGCAAGUCCAGAAUGAGUUUUCUCCCUUUAAUUGUUAUAAUUGUGAUCCAGAGUUGUCAUUUCCACAAAUCCACAGAGUGUAAUUUCCAUACUUGGAAAAAAAAAAAGCAAAGGGGAAAGAAAAGCGUCUAAAUUGGCUUUCCUAAACGUUUGUCAGACUAUUCUGUAUUUUAACUGAAAUUAUUUCAGAUCUUGGAUCCUUCACAUGAAAUUUAAAAACUUACAUUAUGCUUAGGCAACUUGGACACUUGAAUAAAAGGUAAAGAAGUAGAGAAAGCCCUUCAACUUUUGUAUUUUGAGCAAUGGACUUCUGCCAGAAGGCACAUGGUUUUUUCUGGAUUUGGGUAAUUAUCUCUUGCGCAAGUAAUGAUAUUAUGAGGUGAAUGAUAGUGAAAAAUUGUGCAUGAUUUUUGUGAGUUCAAACAACUUCCACCUUUUUUUUUUUUUUAGCAGUCAGUUUCAAAAGCUUGGCUAUCGUGUCCCACUACUUUGCUAUAUUUGUUAGUUUAAAGUAAAAGUGGUUGUUAGUUAUAUCUAUGCUAAAUCAACUCAGGAACCUGCAGCUGUCCCCAGCAGAAUGACUUGACCAGCACAUGCACACAGCCAAUUAGAGGGCAUGUUGUGCUGUACAAAUUAGGGGGGUUUUUUUGCUUUUUUUUGCUUUUUGCUUUUUUUUGUUGUCUUUUCUCUUGCAUCACUAGAGCCAGUGCUUUGCACAUUGCUCAGUCUUUUCUUCUGAGCAUCACAGUCCCUUCUCAUCUUUCUAUUCAGUUGAUGCAGUUACUUUAAUGUUCCUAAUCAAAUCUGGGAGGUUGUUUCUCUUUGAGCCUCCAAAUAUCUCCUCUUUAAUUUUGUAAAAUCAAAGAUCACCAAAACUAGCUGUAGAACUUCUGAAAAUUUCAAUUAUUUUUCUUCUCUUAGUUUUUAUUAUGAACUUCAGUGUGCCACUUAAUUGAGAUAAAAAUAUUAUUCCUUAGUUAAACUCAUAAAUAUACGUAUACAAAAGUUGUUAGCCUACUUAAGAAGUUUUACCUUGCUUGCUGCACUUUCAAUUAAAAUAAUGUAAGUAAAUUUGAGAAAUUGAGAUCCACACAUUUAAUGUGCCUUCCUAAAAGGCAAAAGUCUUAAUUCAAUUUUGAGACUGCUUAAGAAUUCUGAAUUUUUCUUUUGAUGCAUGUUAUAUUAAAAUGGUACCCCUGAUUUUUUUCACUGACAAAAAAUACCUGUAUUGUACUAGCAUGUUUGAUGAGGUCUCUGACACGAAUAUAUAGACAUUAAAUGCUUUCUGUUAAUUUGAUUAGGUCUGAGACGGUCAAGUCAAAAAGGUCACUAUGUUUUGCAAAAUUUUUUGGGGAUUUAUCAUCCCAGCUUUGUUGAAUCUUUUUAUCAGAAGGAUUUUUUAUAUUGUAUGUAUUCUGAAUGUAUAUUUUUUCACAUUAGUAUCUUGAGUGUUUCACUCUGUUUUUUUCUAUGCUAUCACACUGCAUCCAGAGAAAUUAUUGAUCCAUCAUUGUGGUGUUUGAAAGUCUCUUCCAGAGAUGAAAAAAUUGUUUCAGCUGUUUUUGUGGUGUUUCUCAGAUAAUAAAAGGGAAAGUACCAAUGCAUGUAAGGGACAAAUUUAUUGUAUGUAAUUGAAAGAAACAGCAACUUCCCUGUCCCCCUCAUUUGUACGUGGCAGAAAUUUCAGGCUUCUUAAAAUCAAGAAGUUUUUAUCCAUGUUACACAUACCUUGCGUGCAAGAUAAGCUGCAUAAUACUCAAACAACAAAUUGAGAUUUUUCAAUUUAAUUGUUACCACUUGAUAACAUUAAUUAAAAACUCUCUGCUAAAGCUAAGGCCUUAAUGGUGCUUACAUUAUAGAGGCUUGUUAAAGGAGUGUAACAAAGGUCCAGCUAGUAGCAGAAAUGAGUAAGCUAGGAGUAAUUCUUGUUUUUUGGCCAAGGCUCUAGAAAAAUUAUAAUAUAAUACUAAAUAAAUAAAAAAAAAAUCUUGUAUUUUGCAAUUGAUGACUGCAAUGAUUUGUUACUUUUCUAAAUGCAAUAUUCAGAAAAGAUAAAUUAAGUCAAGUGAGAGAGAACAUAGCAAAAUUUUUUUUUUUUUUUUUUUUUUUUAAUGUAGCCCUGUCCAUUUGCUCUACUGUCUGUUAGAGAGGCCUUUCAUCCAAACUGGCAUGGAAAGCAUGGCAUAGUCUGGGGUAGUGUGCUAUGACAUCCUUUCUUGGUUUGUACAUGAGAUAUUGUGCACUACGUCAGCACCAGGAGCUGAGUUUGCACAGUGCUGGAAGGCAUGAGUCAGGAUGGGGUGGAUCCAGCUGUUCAUACACUGCAUGGCACUAAAGUCUUGACUUCCCAUAUGGUAGGAAAGAGAGAAGGAAAAUGGGAAAGGUCACAUUUGGUCAUGAGGAGGUUUCUCAGUGGCAGCCUACUGCCAUGCUGCUAAUAAAUAACAAUAGCAUGGUACCAGCCAGAGGGGCCAGCCCCAGCCAGAGGGGCCAGCCAGAGGUGUGGGCUGCCCUUGCCCACCCCACUGCCGCCUGCCACAGUGCGUGCAGCCACCUUGUGCGGUGCUGGCUGCGGGUCUGCAGCCUCGUGGUGUAAGGGACAGGGAUCCCAUGGCUUUGUUAACAUGCCAGGGAGUCAUCAUGAGCUGUGUCAUGGGACUGUAGGCCACUGGCUGCUCUCCCUCUUGCUUCUGAAAUGCAGCAAAGAGUUAAAAACAGAGGGUUGUGUGUAGAUGCUUAUGUUCCAUGUUGGCUUUACAUGAAGAUUUAUCUUGUUUGUUUUGGAGCAACCACUGUCAUUAGUUCCUUUUGUUACAUAUAGUAAAAAACACAGCAUAGUCAGUGAUUUAAUGAAGAUGGGGCUUUUUAGAUGUGUUAGUAGUAUUACAAAAGCAUCUAAAACCAUUCAGAUGAAGCAAUUUUCUUAUUUUUUGGAAUUAAUAUCUGAAUUAUCAAGGUGCAUAUCCAGUACCAACAAUCAGUUGCAUCUUUGUUUGUAAUCAGUGGGUAUUUUCUUGCUUCUUUGGGGUAAGAAUCCAGCAUAACUUUUGUUUCACUAAAGCAAAUAAUAUGUUUUAACAUAAAUAUGAAGAUGAUUGCAUGUGUGUGCUAAUAUGACAAUUAACAAAGACUGUUUGCAUUAGUGGGAUUUAAGAAAAUGGUAAUUUUGGGUAAAGAUUCUUCACUACUGUCAUUGUUUAGAUUGAAAAACUUGUAGGUCUUGUUAAGUUCAUUGUGAAAGACAUAGAAAGGCUUUGGUGUCCCUUCCAAAAUAAUAAAGAAUCUGUACAUCUUAGGAUGGCUUGUAAUUUUUUGGCAGAGUAUUAUAAGAGUUGUGUAACAGCAGUGUUCCCUGUAAGCAGGCCAUCCUUCCUCUCCUCUUGGGGACGACCCUCCCCAUAUUUGUCUCAUCCUAUAUAUAGUGUGGGUUUCAGUUUGAAGUAAAAAUAAUUUUUUUCUGUUUGUCAGAUGAAUAAAGAAAAUAAAUUCUACUCUGCUAAUGGAGGCUUCUGCAGGGCCCUGUUUAGGCCCUUUGAAGAUGCAUUUCUUUACCUUUUGUACAGAAAAGGUUUCUCAGAAAAUAUCUGAUAAAUACUGCCCCAGUUUCAGCUGUCAUAUCAUGCUGCAUUGGCAAACAAAAGAUUAAAAAAAAACUUUUAUAUCCUAUGUUAUGAAGUGUUACAAAUAAAUGAUUGUCCAGGGGUUUUUUGAGAAGGAAGAGCUCAACCCUAUAUCCAGCCACAAGAAUGGAUGCUGAAACAUUCCAAAGUACUUC